AUGGGCAACUGCGUCUCCAGCAAGCAGAGGGUCCUGGAACAGCCUCAGUGGGACGCCAACAGCAGCUCCACGAAGCUGGGCGGCAGCAGCGGCAAGUCUGACGGCGGGUACAGCGAGGGCUACAGCCCGCCCACCCACGCGACGUCCCGCGCCGGCCCGCCGCCGCCGCGCCACCUCCCCAAGCCCCCGCCGGGACGCAACUGCUUCUCACUUGACCUGCAGCGCCCGCCCCCGCCCCCGCAUGCCCGCGCCAGCCAGGACGGGCGCCCCGGCGUGGGCUACAGCUGCGAGCCAUGCAGCAGCGGCGCGGCAGACGUGCCGCGGUGCACGGUGGGCGCCGCCGACGUGGCAGCCCUGCUGCGCGAGGUGCACGUGGGAAGCCGCACCGGCCAGUGCGGGCGCUCGCCCCUGUACACGGGCGUGUGGCGCCAGCGCCGCGUCUCCAUUAUGGUCAGCGAGCAUCUGGUGUCAACAGAUGAUGAUGUGCGGCGGCUGCAGGCGCAGGCCGCGGCCGCCGCCAACAGCCCCGCGCUGGAGCACCCAAACCUGGUGCAGGUGCUGGCCUCGGCGGUACAGGUGUCCCUCGCGGAGGGCGCAGACGCCUGCGGCGACGGCGGCGGCGGCGAGGAGUGGCCGCGCAGGGUGGUGGACGUGUGGGCUGUCAUGGAGCACUGCAAGCAGGGCAGCCUGGAAGCCGCCAUCGGCCACGACUGCCUCAAGCAGUGGCCGGCUCGCGACGCGCCGCCCAACCUGCGCCACAUCCUGCUGACCGCGCGGGACAUUGCAUCCGCGCUGGCCCACCUCCACCGCCACGGCAUGGUGCAGGGGCAGCUGGACUCCAGCUGCGUGCACCUGGGUGGCGCCGUGGGGGGCGACCCGCGCUGCUUCCAGGCCAAGGUCAGCACCGCCUGCCACUUCUGCUUCGACCGAGACCCAUUCGGCUCCGACACGCUGGCCUGGGAGGCGAUGCCGGCGUGCGCCCCCGAGGUCCUGAUGAAUGGCGAGCGCCACAGCCCCGCCACCAACGCCUGGUCUUUCGGCGUCAUUCUGUGGGAGAUGCUCACCGGGACGCUCGCGAGCAACAAGAUCUGCUUCUCGCAGAUGAUGAGGACAAUGCUCGCCAAGCGGGACAUGCUGCCGCCGCUGCCGGCCUCCUGUCCGCGCGAGCUGCAAGCCCUGGUCAGCGCUUGCCUCGGCCCUGACCCUGUCGCUCGACCCAGCUUCCCUGCCAUCCUGGCGCAGCUGGAGGCCUUGCAGGCGGGCCUGGUGGCUGCGCAGUAA